AUGGACAAUCAAUCUUCUGUCUCUGAAUUUGUGCUCCUUGAGUUCUCAGCAAUCCGGGAACUGCAGAUUCUACACUUCAUCCUUUUCCUGGUCUUGUACCUUAUCACUGUAGCAGGGAAUCUUGUCAUCAUCAUGGCAGUAGUUUUGGACCGGCAUCUUCACGUCCCUUUAUAUUUUUUUCUGAUGAAUCUGGCCAUUCAGGACUUAGGCUCUGUGUCAGUGACCAUCCCCAAAUACAUCAUCAAUUCCCUUAUGAAUCACAGACAUAUCUCUUACACUGGGUGUGUGGUUCAAGUUCUUUUAUUUAUCUUCUUUGCAGGAUCUGAUCUUGCUCUUCUCACAGUCAUGGCAUAUGAUCGGUAUGUUGCUAUUUGCAAGCCACUGCAAUAUGAAAUGCUAAUGAGCAGGACAGCUUGCAUACAAAUUGUAACUGCUGUUUGGUUUGCUGCUAUUCUCAAUGCUAUAUUGCACGCUGGUGGAACUUUUGUAACCCCUUUCUGUUCUAAUGUUGUCAAUCAGUUCUUCUGUGAAAUCCCACAGUUACUUAAGCUUGCUUGCUCUGAUUCAUACCACAUUGAAAUGGGAGCUAUUUUGCUUAGUUUGGUAGUCUGGACUGGCUGCUUUAUCUUUAUGAUUAUAACCUAUGUGCAAAUCUUCAGUGCUGUUCUCAAAAUUCCUUCUCUUCAAGGGAGGAAAAAGGCUUUUUCUACUUGCAUACCCCAUCUCAUUGUUGUCUCCAUGUUUUCAUUGACUGUAUGCCUUGCUUACCUAAGGCCUACUUCUAGCAUGUCUCCUCCACUGGAACUUCUGGUUACUAUAAUGUAUUCUAUUCUACCACCCAUGUUGAAUCCUUUGAUCUAUAGCCUGAGAAACAAGGAGAUUAAGCUUGCCCUUUCAAGACUUUUGACAAUGAGAUCAUCUUUCAACAAAGCUUUAAUGUUUUGA